AAUGGCUCCGCGGUCACACUGUAGACGCUUAUUCGCCGCCAAAAAUUUGCAACUCGAUAUAAUUAAACUGUAACUAUCACUGUAGAUGUCUUCACCCAUAAUCGACGACACUCCAGCUGCCAAGAAGAUGAAGAUCGACAAGUGUGUCCUGAGAUUCGCCAAACUGACGGAGCACGCCUUGGAGCCGGUCCGCGGCUCUGCAAAGGCAGCCGGCGUUGAUCUUCGCAGUGCUUACGAUGUGGUAGUUCCGGCCCGUGGUAAGGCCAUUGUUAAGACCGACCUGCAGGUUCAAGUUCCGGAGGGCUCCUAUGGUCGCGUCGCUCCUCGCUCUGGCCUGGCCGUGAAGAACUUCAUUGAUGUGGGCGCCGGCGUGGUGGACGAAGACUACCGCGGCAACCUGGGUGUCGUUCUCUUCAACCACUCUGAUACGGACUUCGAGGUGAAGGUUGGAGAUCGGAUUGCUCAGUUCAUUUGCGAGCGCAUCUUCUACCCAGAACUGGUAAUGGUCGACAAGCUGGAAGACACCGAACGUGGGGAGGACGGUUUCGGCUCAACAGGAGUCAAAGAUCUGCCAGCUGCCAAGAACGGCAACGGAGAGAAGGCACCGCCAGCCGAGCCAGAGGCCACUCCCACCCCCAUUGCCACAUAAUGUUAUCUUAAGCGAAAAAACAUUUUUCAUUAUCUUAUCGGUCCAUUACAUUGACCAUUCAUUCGAUUUCCAUAACUUCCCCUAAAAGUGUCAUUAAAUAUUAUGAAAAUAUGUUGAAAUAAGUUAAUUCCCAACAGUAACUCGUUUUUUAAGCAAAUUUUAAAAAAGUUGUUCAGAAACUUUUUUGUUUUUAAUAAUUAAACGUUCUUAAGCGGUGACAAGUCACGAAGUUAGUUAAGCAAGCAUAAA